AUGGCGGACGUUACUCCUUUUUAUGAUGAAUAUGCUCUUUAUGAUAAUGACACAGAACCCUUCUGCCAGAAUGAGAAUUUGCCUCAUGGCCAGUGGAUUCUCCCUGCCCUCUACCUGUUCUUUUUUUUCUUUGGCCUUACUGGCAACGCUGUGGUGAUCGCCAUUGUGUCCAAGCGGAGCUCACGCCGGGCAGAUAUUUUCAUUCUCAACCUUGCCAUCUCUGACUUGUUCUUUGUGCUAACUCUACCAUUUUGGGCUUCUUCGUUGGCGCUGGGUGGACAAUGGCCCUUUGGGAUCCACCUGUGCCGUGCCAGUGGAUUUAUUAUUGCAGUUACACGCUGUGCCAGCUCCUUGCUAAUGGCCAUCAUGAGUGUUGACCGGUACCUGGCUGUGAUUGGGGGACACAGGAUUCAUCCUUUCCGCACACGGACCUGCUCCAUGGGGGCUUGCUGCAUCAUUUGGUUUAUCUCGCUUGUAAGUGGCAUCCCACCUCUGAUGUUUCGGCACCUGGAGCAGAUGGUAUGUGUAGAAUCCUCUGAAUCAGUGCUCAGCACGGGCAUCAAGUUGGCGACUCUGUUCUUGACAUUUGUCCUUCCACUAACUGUGGUCCUGUUUUGCUACAGCUGCAUGGCUAAACAUCUCUGGAACUAUUUUGGAGGCCAUCAGAAUGUUGCUACAAGCAAACUGAAGCCUCGGCGUAGGCAUAGCUGGCUCCGUAUAGUCUCAUGUGUUGUUGCUGCAUACUCAUUGUCUUGGUUGCCCUAUAAUACCCUCAGUGCUGUAACACUGGUUGACCAACUUGGAGAAGGCUUGUCCUGCCACACUUUAGUUGUAAUUAACCAAGCUCUCAGUGCUACAGCUGCCAUUGCCUUUGCCAACAGUUGCACCAACCCCCUCAUCUACUCCAUCCUAGAUGCUGGCUUUAGGCACAGGACAAAGCAGGCUUUGCCCAGGAUUUUCCCCAUGUGCACUGCAGUUUUCAAUCUGUCCUUCCCUGGCUGGAGCCAACAGUCUACUGUUGCUAGCACAGAGAGUAGCAGCUCCUACACACUGAAUACAUCAAAGGCCGUUGCGAAUGCCAAUAAAAAGGAAGGGUCAAACACAACAGAGAUCACAACCUGGCACAUGCCCAACACACCGGCAUCAUUGUGA